GCUCGAUGAAUGUCAGCCCGGAGACUGCCAAACCGUCACUCGCAGAGUCGAUCAGAACGAUUCGGGCAUGUGGCCGCGAUGACGUACUGCAAUAUAGUCACCCGGCAAGACAAAAUAUGUCUGAGAACGAGACUAACUGCUGUGAGUGGAGCAUAGCCUUCAGACUCAUUCCGACCUGCACCAAUCACUGAGCCCUUUAAGCCACGGAGAUGCCGAAGAAGCGAACAGAAAACAAAGCCUGCGGACGUGCUGACAAAGGGGCACGUGGCUGUGUGAAAAUUUAGCUUCCGCUCGUCUGUGUGUCCCCCACUCAGGGGUCAAAAUUGCCGUUUCUUCUCCCUGCAUAUCCUCGAAUAGAGCUGCUCUGAAACGCUCGGAGCACCGCACAGAUUUCACAAAUAUCCUUCUCACACAAGCACUCUUUCCUCCAUGUCUGAAACAAGCGUCCUGCAAUCCAUGCAUAUCAAGGAUGUACGUCUCACCUCACACGAGAUACGGGAACAGUCCGGUGAAGGAAGUGGAUCGAUGACGGAGCCGCCGCCGCCCGCAUCCACCGGGAAUGCUCAGCCCAGUGAGACUGCAGUCAGUCCUUCCCGACGCCUCACUCGCUCUGCAACCGGGCACUCAGCAAAACCAAAAACGCGCGACGACGGCUGGUACGAAGCCUCUUCACCGAAGAAGAAGAACACUCCCGUCCGCAAGAGAGCUGUGGGUAAGACCGCCCGCAAACGCACCAUCGACGAGGUAGAGGGUGACAUCGAGUGGGAGGAGCCCCUGGAUACGCAGUCGACGUCGGUGCUGCCUGCACCGCUGCCAGACACGGCAGAGUCAGCCCCUGUCGCGGCUAUAACACCACCAGCGCCCGUGUCCUCGAUGACGAGCGCGGAAUCGACUGUCUUCGUCGAGUCGAAUGGGGACUAUUACACGAACCCAACACAUCGGCGUCUAGUGCGGACGCGUACUAAUUUACCUGUGCCAGUGCCGAAUCUGAUCAAGAAAAGCCGGGGGCGGAGGGUGCCCACAGCGACGACAUCUGGAACAGAAGAGCCGGGAAAAAGAGUGCAUGUUUGUACAGUGGACGGGUGCGGGAAAGCCUUCCAUCGCGGAGAGCAUCUGAAGCGACAUAUCCGGUCUAUUCACACACACGAGAAACGUGGGUCUGAUGAACUUGGCAUACAGCUGCGACUGACCACUCCCUUCGUACUCCUGCCAGCGUUUCCGUGCACCUUCCCGACCUGCCACAAGUUCUUCAACCGCCACGAUAAUCUUCUACAGCACAUCAAAGUCCACCGGGACACGGAAGAUGGGGAUGGGGAGGACGACAUUGACGCGGAGGGUUCUCCUGCACCGGAAGAAUCGCCGCCUGUGUCUCCUCUGGUCGACGCAUAUGAAGCUGCCCGGGUCGCCAUCAUGCACCUAAACUCGCAGCGAACGUCGAUCACCUAUCCCAGUCUCGGUGCUGCGCCCGUGGGGAUGUCCUAUUCCGGACCCAGCGUUCCCUCGAGCAGCUAUGCCACCGUGUCGUCUCUGCGGACGGAGUUGCCAGAGUCGCCUUCUAAAGAUGUCGCUUCCCAGCCCCAGCCCGGCAAAGACGAUGCAGUGACCCAGUUCUUCUUCGGCGAGCCGGGGCAACAGCACCCGGCAUCCUAUCAUGCUCCUAUGUUACCUACAGAGCAGUCAGUCUGAUCAUGUAUCGUCGUAUGUGCUCCUUGUUGUUUUUUUAGUCAUCUAGAACUUCUAUUUUGACAAUCCCGAUUGCGAAUUCCCAAGAUAUUGGCGCUGCC